GUGGACGAAGUGUUGUUGGUGAGCGUCAGUCUCAGUAAUGGCGGAGGGGGAGCUGCCACGAUAAGAAUCACACCUCUAUUUUAAGCCCUUGCCCUUGGAGCGCGGCCGUGCAAGGCGUGCCCAUGGUAAGGCUGCCUGAAGGGCGGGACCCGGCAGGUGUGCAGCUUAGUGAUGGCGUUGUCAGAAGGACUCCUCAAGCUGAGAUGGAACAACCAUGAAGCCACUUUUUGCCACAUACUGCACAGGCUUCGAAGUAAGCAACGGUACUCUGAUGCCACGCUGGCCUGCGAGGGUCGCCUGUUCAUGGUCCACAGGCUGGUGCUGGCCACGUGCAGCGACUUCUUCGAUGAGAUCUUUCAGCAGACCCCAAGCGACACCACACGGGCCAUUAUAGUUCUAAACGAGGCUCGGGCCCAUGAUGUGGAGUGCCUAUUAGACUACAUGUACUGUGGGCAGGUUAAUGUGCGUCAGGCCAACCUUGCCUCGCUCCUGAAGACUGCUGAGUCGCUAAAGAUAAAAGGCUUGGCUGUCCCUGAGGCAAAUUUUGGGAACCAGAGCUCGAAGCGCAAUCAGGACCACACAUCAUCCGAAAGCCUGUCCCCCAAGAAGAAGAGGAAAAAGAAGAGUACAACGCCCUCAGGAAUCUCAUCGCUCCCGCCCCCCAAAACACCCGACACCCGCACUGUUCCCUCGCCGCCAAGACUCUCGCCCUGGAACCAUGAAUCUCCGCCGGUCAGCGCCAACCAGUUCUCCUCACCCUCCUCGCACUCCACCCCCGUCAACUCCUCCCUGCCGCCGCCUCACACCCCCUCCACCAGCCAGUCCUCGCCCUUGUCCACAUCAACUAAGGUGACCACGCUUUCAUCUGACUCUGAGAGGACCAAUCCAAGGGCCGGCUGGCUGCAGAUUGUGUCGUCCAUGCGGCAGGAGUCGGCUCAGGCAGCGGCCGAGAACUUGUCAGGUCGGCCGGCAAGUCCCGCCAAGCAGAAUUCUGCGCGCCACAGGAGGACGAGAUCACCGAAGCCUUCAACUGUAGAUGCCUUCCCUACACAGUUUCUCCAGACUGAAUUCAAAGAGGAAAUCAAGGAUGAACCGUACGAACAGAGUGAUCCCAUGCCUGGCGAGGAGGACAACACCUGGGAGGAUAGUGAGCCGCACCCCGACACCGGCGACGGCUGCAACUACCGCCGCAUCCCCUCCCUCUACCCACCCCCCGGCCUGCAUCCCGUGGUGUCCGGCGCACACACCUCCCCCGUGCUGCCCAUGGGGAUGUUCCGCGUCGGCUCAUACAGCGCCCAGAGUGGCGGCCAGGCCUGGGAGAACACUGGCCAGGGUAGGAAGUCCCCCGAGCCACAUGGCCAGGAGACUCUCCCCAGCGCCAGCCAGCAGCCCGUGGGCCAGUCCAUCGUGUCUCCCAAGCUGAUGCCAUACGCCAUGUGCUCCAACUGUGGCACCAACAACACCAAGCUCUGGAGGCGUAAUGACAAAGGUGAGAUCGUCUGCAAUGCCUGUGGGCUGUACUUCAAGCUCCACGGGGUGAACAGACCCAGCCACCUCUUCCGCACAGCCCCCAUGACGCGGAGGAGGAACCCCAAGAAGAAGAAGGAGGCGAACAGUGGUGCGAGUGAGCAGUUGGAGCAGGCCAUCAGUGCGGACUGUUCUCAGGACAAGGAGCACGUGCCGGAAACAGACCCUCAGGAUGGCUUUGCUGUCCUGAAUGCAGCUUUAACACUCAACUCUCUCCUUGCAAAAGCCAAAGCUCAGCAAUCAGAAGCCCAGGCCAUUCAGAGAGCAGCGCUACCCAUCAUGAGCAAGAGUCAAUCCGACCUGACCAAUGAGUCGCGCCCCCCACCGCCGCUACUCAAGAUACCGGUGUCUGUUCAUGAUCACGAAGUGGGCACCUCGGCCGGGGCGCCGCCCUUGGAGCCAGGCCCACACACCCCUGCUGACGGCUCCGCCGCGCCGGCCCGCGGCUCCCGGCCGUCACCCGCGUCCUCGCCACACACCCGGUCAGCCCCGGCCUCGCCGCAGCCGGAGGGCGGCGACGGGAGGAAGAUUAUUGCUCAGCUUUUAGACAAAUGAGUGUGAACGGUGUCGUCUUGGGAGCGUUUUUACAGUGACUGUAUUUUCUUGACCGGGUGCACGUGGGUGUAAGUUUUGAUACCUAAGUGUGACGUGCUUAGGGCCUUAGUGACGAGGAUCAUGUAGUUUGGGCCUACUCAGGGGAGUCAUGAUAUUUAUCAUGCAUGAAGUAAAAUUAUUGCUCAGUGUUUUAUUGAGUAAUCAUAAAAAAAUAAGGUACAUAUUAUUUUGCAUGUUAGUAUUUUACAACUAGUGUAUUUUAUGACUAGCUAAGGUAUGGCAUAAACUCAUUACUCUUAAGGUUAAGUUUACACUUUGACUUUUAUCUUCACGUGGGUGCGGGGGCUCUCAGCCUUGCCCCCGCCACCACCCCCCGGCCGGUGACGGGUCGGUGACCUGUCAGGCGGUGCCGGGAAGGGAAGCAAAGGAAGGUUCAGAUCACAUUUUUAAGUAAUCAAAGGGAAGGCAUUGACAUCCAGGCGACCAACUUACUUUCCAAAAGAAUGGCUUUUGGAUGUUGUCAAAACCCUUGUGUUGGAAGACUUGCCUCUGUAGCCUCACACAGUAGUCUGGUAGUCCAUUGGGAAGCACCUUAGUCUGCACCUUCACACCACCAUGUACUGCAGCCAGUGGCUAGUGCACAGCCCACAAGAACCACUCACAAGUUUCAGCAGCUUUGCCGAGUGCUGUGUGAUGUGGAUGAAGCAGGGAGUCUGUGGUGUUCUGCAGACACUGGUUCAGGGCUUGGAGAGGCUUGCUGUUCCAUAUAUAUAUAUAU